GACCGGAGAGAAAAAAUGUCGAAGCAUCCGGAAGUUCCCGGCGAGCCGACUCAGACCGGCACCGCCGUCCUGGAAACCGCCACCGCCGCCGUCCAAGGCUUCCGGCCGAUCAACCAGAUCCACCAGCACCUCUGCGCGUUUCAUUUCUACUCGUAUGACAUGUCGCGCCAAGUGGAGGCGCAUCACUACUGCGCGCACCUGAACGAGGAGGUGCGACAAUGCUUGAUCUUCGAUAGCCCGGAGAAAGAUGCAAGACUAAUAGGGAUCGAGUACAUGAUAUCAGAGGAUCUGUUCUUGACGUUGCCCGACGACGAGAAGCCGCUCUGGCACUCGCACGAAUACGAGGUCAAGAGCGGAAUUCUAUUCCUGCCGAACGUGCCAGGCCCCAUCGAACGUCUCGAUCUCGAGAAAGUUUGCAAGACCUAUGGCAAGACGUUCCAUUUCUGGCAGGUUGAUCGAGGUGACAUUCUACCGCUCGGCCUCCCACAGUUGAUGAUGGCACUGACUCGGGAUGGCCAGCUCGACGAGAAUCUAGCGCAAGACGUUGAGAAGCGGUAUGGAGUUUCGUUCGGGGAGGAGAGGAAGAAGAGGGAGUAUAUGUCGGGGCCAGAGCACGGCGUGCACCCUUUGGCAAAUGGUGCGGGGAAAGGGCUGAAGACGGAGCUCAGGGAGACGACGAUGCCAACGAUCGUGGCCUCGGCUACGAGAGUGUUUGUUUGAGAAAAGAUAUGAACGAGUUGAAGGAGUAGGCAUUAUUUGUGGAGAAGAAGUAAUAAAUUGGGGGUUAUCGGGACCAAUGCUGCGAGCUUCCGGAAUACCAUGGGAUCUUCGUAAAGUUGAUAAUUAUGAGUGUUAUGACGAAUUUGAUUGUCAAAAUCAAGUGACAAUCGGAAGAGUUGUCCAUGUAUAUAUGUAAGGUACAUUUUCUUUUCCGAUUAAAAAAAAAUGUUGGCAAGUCUGAAAAUUGUAGAGCAAAAAGUUUUGCACCAACAUUUUUUCUUUUUCAUUGAGAAAUGGUUGUUGGGAGACUCCAUGCCAAACGUCGGGAUCUAUCUCGAAGUUUUAUAAAAGCGUCGGGAGAGACCUCUUUUCAUCAAAGAAGCUUAAAGUCAUAUUUAA